UGUCAGCGCCGCGAGGAAGCGUCAGUAUCUGCCGGAGAAGGGUCCCGCAGACCAGUCCCCGCUCGCUGCUUUCAUAUCCUCCAAAUCCCCGCCUACCCAUAGGGCACGCCCCUCGUCUGAGGCACCGUCGUCGAGCCUUCCCACAGCUCUCAGCUGCACCCAAAACGCUUGUUGCACGCUUGAACUCGCCUCGCUGCUACCCACCAUGUCUGCACGAACUCUCGCUGCUCUGGCUCGCAUUCCUGCGCCUGCAAAUGCGGUGUCGUCUUCUUCGAGGAGAUGUGUACCUCAACACAUCCGCAAUAUGAGCAAAGUCUCGCACGAGCCUCGCUCAGAGUCCCUCUUCGCUACUUCGCCGAGUAGGUGGCACUCGGUCGGUCGGACACUCCCACCCCUUAGCAGACAGCGUGCAUUGCACACAAGCGCAGUUUUAAGGCACGGGCACCUCACUCGUCCAGAGCCCGGCACAGGGAUCAAGCUGCACUUCAAGGACUCGAAGGGUAACCUCAUCAAGACUGUAGAGGCGAACGAGGGGGACGACAUCCUCAGUAUUGCACAUGAGCAUGAUAUUGACCUUGAGGGAGCCUGCGAGGGAUCCGUCGCAUGCUCGACAUGUCAUGUAAUCCUCACGCCAGAGCACUACGACCUUCUGCCCGAGCCAGAGGAUGAUGAGAAUGACAUGCUCGACAUGGCGUUCGGUCUGACGGACACUUCACGGCUCGGAUGUCAAGUCCAACUGACGCGCGAACUGGACGGGAUGACAGCAACACUCCCCUCAGCCACCCGGAAUAUGUUCGUCGAUGGCAAGAAGUCAGCACAUCACUAACGCUUCCGUGGUCAAUCACUCGACCUGCCCGGGCACAGAAGAGCUGCCUGUUGGCGAGAGAGUUCUUACAUAGGAGGCUGGGAGCGGAUGACAAGCACGUCUCAGCGCGAUGUGUCGUCGAUAUAUAUUCGCUGUUGCACUGCCGCGACAACGGUGGCUUGAAGGUGUCUUUGGGACUGUUUGCUAUGAACGUUGCAUUGCUAGCCACUCAUCGCUUUGUGUUGUCGAUGUUAGGAUCCAAUUAUCAGGCAAGUUCCGAUCACCGAGUUGACGUCCUCCUUCUAUGGUUUGCUGCUGAAGGUAUUAUGCACCGGAUGGCUCCGUAUCGCUAUGUAU